CCGUCUCCCCACUUGCCAUGCUCCCUCCAUUCCUAGCCUUCAUCGUCUGAUUCAUCACCUCGCUCACAAAACCACCUUCUUAAACCCCGACGUCAUUCAUGGCGUUCUCUGUUCUGGGGUUCCUCUCUCUCCUCUUCUCCCUUUCCUCAGCCGUCGACACCAUCCACGACCUCCUCCGCUCCCGUGGCCUCCCAGCGGGGCUCCUGCCAAAGGCCGUCCGGUCCUACACCCUCGAUCCCGAUGGCCGCCUCCAGGUCUUCCUGGACGGCCCUUGCCUCACCAAGUUCGAGACCAGAGUUUACUUCGACAGCGUCGUCACCGCCAAUCUCAGCUACGGCGGCCUCAUUGGAGUCGUCGGUCUCACCCAGGAGGAGCUCUUUCUCUGGCUUCCCGUUAAGGACAUCAUCGUUGAUGAUCCCAACUCUGGCUUGAUUUUGUUCGACAUCGGCCUCGCUCACAAGCAGCUUUCGCUCUCGCUCUUUGAGGAUCCACCUGACUGCAAACCUCAAGGUUCUUUACAGAAGAACGUGAGGAAGGAGAAAGGAUUCGAGUUUGUUAGAUAGAAAAAAAAAAAAAAUGGGAAGCCAUUUUGGAAUUUUGAUUUUAAAAUGUAAUGAUAAUAGGAAUAAUCAAUAAUGUAAUUAUAUAUAGUCAUAAUUUUAGGGUUUUUUAGAUGAUUUUGUAGGAAAUAUGGAAUCAGGUUUUGGUUUUGGUAAUGAGAUUAGAAGUUCUAAUCUUCUAACUUUUCUUCCA